AUGGCACCCGCGGUGCUUGAACCCGAGGUCGCGUGCUGUCUCCCCGUGAAGAACAGCAGUAAAGGCUUCACCAGUACCACCAUCAAGGAGAUCCCUGCUGUCAACGACGCCGAGGUCCUCCAGGCGCCGCUACCCAACCCUUCACUCCAAGUCACAGCCGACCACCGGAUCAAGACUGUUGAGGCGCCAGUCCUCGCACCGAAGAAGGGGGAGGUCCUGCUCCAGAUCAAGGCAACGGGCGUGUGUGGGCUCCCCGACAACAUAUCCUACGCCCAAGGCGCCCUCCUUGAACCCCUCUCCGUCGUCCUGCACGGCAUCCGCACCGCCGGCCUCGAGCUGGGCACCGGCGCCGUCAUCUGCGGCGCCGGCCCCAUCGGUCUCAUCGCGCUCGCCGCCGCCCGCGCCUCAGGCGCCCACCCCCUCGUCAUCACUGACAUUGAACCUCUGCGCCUCGCUUUCGCCAAGGAGCUCGUGCCCGAGUGCCUCACCUACCGCGUCGACCCGAGUCUGGGCGCAGAGGGCAACGGAAAGGCGAUCCGGGCGCUGUUCGGCACCGAGACGGCGGGGGAGUACGUCGCGCCGAGGACGGUGCUCGAGUGCACCGGGGUCGAGAGCAGCGUCUGCGCCGCGGCGUUUGCGGUGCGGAGGGGCGGCACGGUCAUGGUCAUUGGGGUGGGGAGGGAGGUGAUGAACAAUCUGCCUUUUAUGCACAUUUCGCUGUCCGAGAUCAAACUCGAUUUUAUCAACCGGUACAGGGAUACGUGGGCGCCGGGCAUCCAGUGCCUGAGCGGUGGGAUAUUGAAGUUGGACAAACUUAUCUCGCAUACGUUUCCGCUUGAAAAGGCGGAGGAGGCUCUGACGCUGUCCUCUGAUGUGAGGAACGGGAGCAUCAAGGUGCAGAUUGUGGAUGAGUUUGAGUCGCCGCUGUUUUGA